AUGGCAGCCUUCUUGUGGAAGUCUCUUCUCCUGAAGAGAGUGAAAGACUCCGUGCCCUCACCUCAGUUCCCGGGCUGCAAGCCACAACAACAGAAACGUUCACGCAGUGAGGAGUCUCUCGAUGAGACUCCCCCUACCAAGCUGCAAACUCCGGCGCCAGUUGUAGGAUCGCCGGAGGUACCCCGGGCGUCGGCUGCUGCCGCCGCCCCUGCGCCAGCUGCUCCGGCUGUCUGUGGGCCGGAGUCUGCUGGUGCUCAGGCUUGCGGUGCGUCGCUGCCGGCGCCCGUGGCCUCAACCUCCGGAGAGUCUUCUCCGGGGACCUCCUCUGCUUCCUCCUCCUCUGCUGCUACCUCAGAGUGGCGGACGACCAAGGGAAUCGUGGCGGCAGUGCCAUACUGGUCCGCCGUGAUAUCCCUUUCUCACGCGUAA